AAGCCCUUCAGCACUGCUAAAUGUCCAAGCCACAAAACCUCAGCAAAAUCCUCCAUACGGACAAGUGACCAACUUCACUUCCUGACCUAAUGAAUCCAAACAAGCCGAACAUUCUUCCUGUUAUCCAUCUUUAAACCUACGAAACCCUAGAGUUCUUGAAAAUUGUUCAAAGAAAAGCAACUCUCAAACACAAUCGAGAUGAGAACUGGAGGUUACCCUCUCCAACAAUCUCUAACAGCUGAAGCUACAAACAUAGUGAAACAAGCAGUUAGCCUUGCUAGAAGGAGAGGCCAUGCUCAAGUAACUCCUCUUCAUGUAGCAAAUGCCAUGCUUGCUUCUUCCGCCAGCCUAUUCCGCCGCGCCUGCCUCCAAUCCCACACUCAUCCCCUCCAAUGCAAAGCCCUUGAGGUUUGUUUCAAUGUAGCUCUCAAUCGUCUCCCCACAUCUACAUCAAGCCCUUUAUUAGCCCCUCACUCACACCUCCCUUCCCUCUCCAACGCCUUGGUUGCUGCGUUCAAGCGUGCACAAGCCCAUCAACGACGCGGCUCCAUAGAAAACCAGCAGCAGCCCAUUUUAGCCCUCAAGGUAGAGAUAGAACAGCUAGUAAUCUCCAUCCUAGAUGACCCUAGUGUUAGUAGAGUCAUGAGAGAAGCCGGUUUUUCGAGUACUCAAGUGAAAACCAAGGUAGAACAAGCAGUGUCCUUGGAGAAUCGUACAUCCCAUAAUAAUAGUCCUGCGGUCAGUGCUCGUGAGUCUAAAGAAAGUAUCAAACCAUUACUUCUUAGAAAUUGCAUAUCUUCUCCAACGUUGUCUUCGAGUCAAUUUAGGUUGUCACUCAGCAGAGCUGCUGAACAUGUACGGGAUGAUGAUGUGAUGAGUAUUGUUAGCUCAAUGAUGAAUAAAAGGACCAAAAACACUGUUAUCGUAGGGGAGUGUCCAGCUACAGGUGAAAGUGUAAUUAAAGGAGUGAUAGAUAAAUUCGACAAGGGAAAUGUUCCUGGGGAAAUGAGGUCCGUGCAAUUUAUCAGUGUCCCUCUUUUUACUUUGAGGAAUAUUUCUAGGGAAGAAUUUGAGGAGAAACUUGGGGAGCUUAGAUCAUUAGUAAGAAGUUAUUUGAGUAGAGGGGUGGUUUUGUACUUGGGUGAUCUUAAGUGGGUUUCCGAGUUUUGGUCUACAUAUGGAGAACAAAAGGCUAGCUUUUACUCGCCAGUGGAGCACAUGAUAAUGGAGCUUAGUAGAUUGUUGUGUGGGAUGGGGGAUAGUGGAAAGUUGUGGAUUAUGGGGAUUGCAACUUUUCAGACUUACAUGAAAUGUAAGGCUGGCCGUCCUUCUUUGGAGACUCUUUGGGAUCUUCAUCCUCUUACAAUUCCCGUUGGAAGUUUGGCUCUCAGCCUUAACCUUGAGAGCGAUUUGAACAAUCAUUUCAGAAGCAAGGCAGCGGGAGAGGGGUCCAGUUGGUUACUGAGUAAAGCAGGAGCUGAGAAGCACCUGACGUGCUGUGCAGAUUGUGUGGCCAAUUUCAAAAGAGAAGUUAGAAGCAUAGCAAGAGGUCCUCUUGAAAGUGACACCAUGAAUGCCACUUACACUACUAGCUCAAGCUUGCCUUCAUGGCUCCAACAAUACAAGGAAGAGAAAAGAAGAGAAACAAACAAUGAUCAGGAAUUUGACAAGAUUAGAGAUCUGUGCAUGAAAUGGAACUCAAUCUGCAAAUCGGUUCACAAAAAGAGCCCUCACUUUCUCGAGAAAGCCUCAAACUUUUCUUCAGCAUCUCCUUGUUCAUCUGCUUCAAUAUCCUCAAAUGACAAACCAAGCUCUAAAUCGCAUCAUCAAAGUCUCCUCACCUGGCCAUUGAUUUUUGAACCUGACGGUCCAAAUCAAUCGCCUAAAGAACGCAAAUUCUUUGUAUCAGAAAGUGAGGAGGAAGCACUUGAACCAAAAAUUUUGGCAAUGUACAAGCCAGACAUCAAACCUGACCUUUUAUCUAAUCCAAAUUCUAGUCCUAAUUCAGCUUCCUCCAGUGAAGCAAGUGGGGAUAUGGAUUGCUUACUGCCUAAGUUCAAGGAGCAUAACCCUGAGAAUCUUGAGAUUCUUCGCAAUGCAUUGGAGAAGAAAGUUCCAUGGCAGAGAGAAAAUAUACCAGAGAUUGCUCGUACAAUCCUGGAGUGCAGGUCAGGAAAGAGCAACAACAAAGGCAAGAAAAGAAAUAAAACGGAUAGAGAAGAAACAUGGUUGUUUUUCUUAGGUGUUGAUUGUGAAGGGAAAGAGAAAAUUGCUAGAGAGCUUGCAAGAAUUGUUUUUGGUUCUCAAGAUAACUUCAUUAAUAUAGGUCUUAGCUCGUUCUCAUCGACAAGAGCUGAUUCGACCGAAGAAGUUAGCAACAAAAGAUCAAGGGACGAACAUGGGCGGAGUUAUCUCGAGAGAUUUGCAGAUGCAGUUCAUGAAAAUCCUAGUCGUGUGUUUUUCAUGGAAGAUGUGGAUCAAGUUGAUUAUCAUUCCCAAAAGGGUGUCAAGAAAGCUAUUGAAAGCGGAACUCUUACACUUCCUGAUGGAGAAAUGAUUCUUUUUAAGGAUGCCAUUGUCAUUUUCAGCUGUAAUAGCUUCAGCUCAGUCUCAAGAGCUUCUUCUCCUCACAUGGGUUCAGAAAGAAACAGUAAUUGUGAACAGAAAGAAGAACAAAUUGGAGAUAACUCGGAGGAAAAGAGACCUUGUGCCUCUUUAGAUUUGAAUAUUGCUACCGAAGACCAUGCAAAUGAGCACCCGUUUGCUGACAUUGGGAUUUUGGAUUUGGUGGACAAGCAAGUUAUGUUCAAAGUUCAAGUGGUGUGAAAAGAAUUAAGGAGCUAGCUGACUCAUCUUGAAAAAUUCUACGUUAGGCUUUUCCUGAAGUUUUCUCCCCUCUCUUUUCUUUUUAAAUUUUUCAUUUACUUUCAAUAUUGGGGUGAGGGUCAAAGAUUGUUAGCCAUAAAUCAAAAGUUUUACAUUUGUGCUUAAGCUUGGGUUUGGACGUGUAGAAGUCAAUGUAUAUUAGUAACUUCUAUUCCAUCUUUUAACUUGUUUAGUGCUACUAUAUAAGAUUGGCUUGUUCUACUCGGUCAA